CCAGCCGAUGACUCGCGCUCGCUGUUUCUCCCGGUCGCUCGCUCAAGACGCGCGCUGCACCCUCAGCACGCUUAUCCGCUCGAGUCGACGUGUAUGCACGCUGGUUUCAUUCUUUUGCAUCAGUUUUCCUCUCUUCGGCUUUUGUCGCCACUAGGAAUUGGGGAUAAAAAAGAGGGAUAAAAAUAAUACUAGAUGCGGACUUCCCAGCAACGAACUGAGAGGAAUUUGUACUCGACCUGCUUCAUGUAUGAACUUCAAAACACAAAAGCCUCAAUCGUGUCAUCUUUAAAUAAUUGUCUAUUUCUUUUUCUCUUUUUUUUUUUUGCACAAGUUAUUUCGCAAGAUUCCAGUGGACUGUUUGACUGACUCAACAUUUUCUGAUUACAUUUCGUCCUUCGUUUGACUGCAGUUUGGAGUUCUCGAUAUGGAUAUGUGGACACAUUUUUUCGCGCUGUUUCGUUUUGCCCCUUGAUGAGCGGCAAGUCCGAGCAGGCGGCGUCGGGGAGACGCUCGAGACAGCGCGCGGACCACGUUUGUUCGCGCGGCAGGGCGAAGCGGCUCGCGACACUUUGCCAUAGUGCUGCUGUGGUGUGUGUCCAGUGUUAGUGUGCUCUUCUGGGACACAGACAUCAUUCUGCACCUGACCUCACAGCCAUGAGUAGCUUCAAGGGCCAAAUGGGGCAGGAUGUGGAGAAACAGGGCCAGAAGCUGCCCAAACAAUGCUGGGAGCCCUUGAAAGACAAGGUACCCACUGAUCGAACCAUGCUUGUGGGGGCAAUAGCAGGCAGUGGUGCAGACCAUGGUGACCCUAUGGGGGGUGUUGCCAGGAAGCGGCGCCAGCGCUAUGUGGAGAAGGAUGGCAAAUGCAACGUGCACCAUGGCAAUGUACGAGAAACCUACCGGUACCUCAGUGACAUCUUCACCACCCUGGUGGACCUGAAGUGGCGUUUUAACCUGCUCGUCUUCACUCUGGUGUAUACCACCACCUGGGUCUUCUUUGGUCUCCUCUGGUGGCUCAUUGCUUACAUCCGGGGUGAUCUUGAGCACACCGAUGAUGGCGACUGGACACCCUGUGUUAACAACCUCAAUGGCUUUGUCUCAGCCUUUCUUUUCUCCAUUGAGACAGAGACCACCAUUGGCUAUGGUUACCGUGUCAUCACUGACAAGUGCCCUGAAGGCAUCAUCCUUUUGUUAGUGCAGGCCAUCCUGGGCUCCAUUGUCAAUGCCUUUAUGGUGGGUUGCAUGUUUGUCAAGAUCUCCCAGCCGAAGAAGCGAGCAGAGACCCUGAUGUUCUCACACCAGGCAGUCAUAUCACUGCGGGAUGGCCGGCUGUGCCUCAUGUUCCGUGUAGGCGAUCUCCGCAGUUCACACAUCGUGGAAGCCUCCAUCCGUGCCAAGCUCAUCCGCUCAAAACAGACCAAGGAGGGCGAGUUCAUCCCCCUCAACCAGACCGACAUCAAUGUGGGUUUUGACACAGGAGAUGAUCGCCUUUUUCUGGUCUCGCCGCUCAUUAUCUGCCAUGAGUUCAACGAGACUAGCCCCUUCUGGGAGCUCUCCCAGGAGCAGCUGCCCCGUGAGGAGUUUGAGAUUGUGGUCAUACUGGAGGGUAUGGUUGAAGCCACAGGGAUGACUUGUCAGGCACGCAGCUCCUACCUGGACUCAGAGGUGCUGUGGGGACAACGCUUCACUCCAGUGCUCUCUCUAGAGGAGGGUUUCUAUGAGGUGGAUUACGACUCCUUCCAUCAAACAUACCCCACCCCGACGCCCUCCUGCUCUGCCCAUGAGCUGGCCGAGCUGGCCAAGAAAGGCGAGGACAUCCCUCUUUCACCCCAGGUCACCGUGGACCCCGCGUGGGGCCCCAGUCUAGAUAGGGAGGAUGACAGAGGGAAUGUCGAGGAGAGGCAGAGGGAGGGGGAAGCAGAGAAUGUGACUAAUGGUGAUGUGAAUAAGAUGGACAAUGGGGAGGAUGACUAAGGCGCACACAGUGGGCAAGCACCCUGUAGUCUUCUUUUUAUUUCAGUUUCAAGUGGUGUGAAAUGGUGGGUCAUCUUCCUUGCUUCAUAUGCUGGGAGAUACGUAUAAGAGAACACAAUAAAAAUGUGGAAUAUGGAUAUAUAUAUGCCAGUUGUAUUAGUUCUUGCUGAAUUAUAAAAAUUUAAAUUACAAAAAGAGGAAGCAAUCAUCAGAGCUGUACAGAUGAUUUAUAGAUGGGAAAGAAUAAACAAUGAGGACAGGUUCAUGUAACUGUUGUAAUAUAUGAUUAUAUUGUCAAUCAGCAACCUGAAUGAUAAAUCAAGACUGACCAUGUGAAAAGUUUGUGUGAAUAUUACAAAAGAAAGGAAAAAUAAUAAGAAAUACUGUAUUAGGAGAGGUCAUUUUAGAAGCUUGUGCCCAAAUUGUAUCUGGAAACAAUGGCUUCUAAAACCAGAGCAAAUAUACUUGUCUGACUGCAUUUCAAGCAAGUCUUGCUUUGUUCAGCAGAGGUGCUUUAACCGCAUUUGCUGUAACUUAGAAGAUCAUCAAAAAGCACAGUUUGUGCUUAAUAUUUCAAGAAGAUUUAGUGCCGAAGGGCUAUUGACUGAGUGUUUUCUAAGUGAAGAGGUGUGGUUUUUAAAACCAUGUAUCACUGUCAUCUGUCCGUCCUUAAUGAGGCUUGUAAAUUGAAAACAUGAAUGACAAAUAAAAUAGGACUCAUACAGAAAGAAACUUGUUCUGAAGAAGAAACCAGUGAAAUAAACAGUAAGAUGAACAGUGCAGAUAUUAUUUCUUACAGACAGAUCUGAGUUACAGUAUUAUGCAUAUUCUAUAAGACAAAAGGAAAACAGCACAAGAACAUCAUAUCAAUGGAAUGCAUGGAUUAUAAUUACAUCAUGUUUUUAUUACAGUUUCUUUAGUUUCUUUUUAUUCUAAAUAGCUUUUUUAAGAACAUUUUUUUUUGUUUUGUUCAUUUCUGCACCCAGUCUUUAGCUGGCAAUACAACACA